AUGAACCUGUACUCCGUUGUGGCACCCAAAACCUUACGAUCUAACAGCGCAUAUAAUGUUGUAGUUGCCGUCCACAAUGCACCUCUACCUACUGAAGUUUCAGUCAGCCUGACCGGACCUUCAUUUCAUUCGACGAAGAAUGUUGAGGUUCAAUCCACGUCCUCGAAAACUGUUAGUUUUGACAUUCCGAAACUAACCGAAGGCCAAUACGAGCUCAAAGUCCUGGGUAGUGGCGGCCUCGAAUUCCGGGACUCCACCAAGUUGGACUUCGCAACCGACAAGAAUUGGAUAUACAUUCAAUCGGACAAGGCCACCUAUAAACCCGGCGAUAAGAUCCAGUUUAGAGUACUCCUCCUAGACAAACACACCCGACCAGCCGUAAUCGAUAAGCCCAUUGCAAUUAAGAUCCGCGAUGGAGCCAAAAAUCUGAUAAAGCACUGGAAGGAUAUCAAGCCGACAAAGGGUGUCUAUUCCGGAGAGCUCCAGCUGUCCGACCGCCCGGUUCUAGGCAACUGGACUAUAACCGUCACGGUGCCAGACGAGGGCAAGGAGACGAAAAUUAUAGUGGUGGACAAGUAUGUGGUGCCGAAGUUCGAGGUGCUCGUAUCAACCGCCAAGGAUGUCGCGGCUAGUGCUGGGUACAUUAGGGCAACGAUAGAAGCCAGGUACACUUUCAGGAAGCCAGUUAAGGGCCACGUCGUCGUUUCGAUCGAGGGCAGCUCGGCCGAGAAAAGCCUGCCCAUUGAUGGAGAGGUGAAUGUGGAGUUUCCCAUUUCAGCGACCGCCAAGAGUUUUUUGAAAAUAACUGCCAUUGUUACCGAGGAGCUGACGGACCUCAAACACAACGGUACUGCCUACGUGACCCUCCACCAACAUCCUCACAAGCUGGUGGAUCUGUUUUGGCCAACGCAUUAUAGGCCAGGUGUAAUGUAUGAUUUUCAGACUGUGGUUAAAAACUUGGACGGUUCUCCUGUCUUGGACUCUUCUAAGAUGGUUAACUUCAACGUGAAGUGCUGUCAGCGUUCUAGAAAUUUCUCAGCUUCCCUUCAAAAUAGCAUUGCCACCCAGCAUAUAAUGCUCCCAGAUUCAACGUGCAAAAGUUGUCUUGUGACGAGUACAUUUGACACUGCAGCUAAUUUAGAACGAUACAUAUAUAAGCUCGAUAAGACACUCAUGAUUGCAGUCAUUACCAAGAAUCCGCAACUAAGGAAGGAGCUUAAAAUCAAUAUUGUAUCGGAUACCUAUUUUCCUUACUUUAUUGUCACUAUCGUCGCACGGGGCAACAUAGUUCGGAGUGAAUAUGUAAAGAUGAAUGAAACACAAAGGAGUAAAGAAUAUAAGUUCGAACCAACCUUUGAAAUGGUGCCUCAAGCUACGAUAUUUGUCCAUUACAUUUCCAAUGGGGUUUUGAUGUCUGACGAAAAAACUGUCGAUAUCGAGAAGGACUUUGGAAACACGAUUGAAAUAUCAACAACUAAGGAAGCAAGGCCCAGGGAUGAAGUCAGCCUAAAGGUGAAAACCGAUCCCCAUUCCUUCGUCGGUCUCCUUGGAGUGGACGAGAGUGUGCUGCUUUUAAGGUCAGGAAACGACCUGAACCGUGAUCAUAUAUUGAACAACCUCGCCACGUACUCCUCCGAUUUGGUGACCCUAACAAACGCGAAUAUAAAUAUCUACAAGAACGCGGGUGGCUGUUAUACCAAUGUUGGCCAAACGAAUUGUACUGGUAACCUCAUAAGUCUUACGGUGUUUGGAAAAGAUGAAUCAGCAAUGAACUUAGGUCUUGUGCCCACUGACGGCUCAACCAAGGCACAAGGUUCACUUCCACCAGUUCGUAAGCUCUUCCCAGAAAGCUGGCUAUUUUCAAAUAUAACAGACGUGGGGGCCAACGGUGAAUACAUCAUUAAAAAGACAGUUCCCGAUACGAUAACCUCCUGGGUGAUCACCGGCUUCUCCCUCAGUCCUCAAUCUGGCCUUGCCGUGACCAGGGAUCCUAACAGAAUUCGUGUGUUUCAACCGUUCUUUUUAACCACCAACUUGCCGUACUCUGUGAAGCGCGGUGAAGUGAUUGCCAUUCCCGUGGUCGUAUUUAACUACUUGGGAAGGGGUGUGGAGGCGAGAGUAUCAAUGGAUAACUCUGAGGGCCAGUACGAAUUUCUUGAGACCACCACCGCUAAUGUGUCCCAGCAUUUGAUGGGAGUACAAAGGGAAAAAAGAUUAUGGAUACCCGCGAAUACCGGACGUAGCAUAUCGUUCAUGAUCCGCCCGAAGAAAGUUGGUCUAACCACUCUAAAGAUCACCGCUAUCUCUCCAUUUGCCGGUGACAGACUCAAUCAAAUACUGAAAGUGGAGGCCGAUGGCGUAACAAAGUACGUCAACAAAGCCGUAUUAAUAAACGUUCAAAGGUUGACGCGACGUAGUCUGGCACCGCCGGAAAAAUCACUUUUCGUGGAAGAAGUCAUAGAUGCUAUUGAGGGUUCCACGUUCUUCGAAAUUCAGGUGGGUGGAGAUAGCCAAGCGCCUCAAUUGGAACAUCUCGACGGGCUUGUUCGCGCGCCCUAUGGAUGUGGCGAACAGAACAUGUUCAACUUUGUACCCAGUAUCUUGGCGUUAAGCUAUUUGGAAGCAAGUAAUCGCAAUGAUCAAGCGAAUGUAGCAAAUAGCGCUAAGAGUUAUAUCGAAACUGGUUACCAAAGAGAACUCACCUACAAACGUUCCGAUGGUUCCUUCAGCGCUUGGGGCCAAAGUGAUCCUUCAGGCAGCACUUGGCUUACUGCAUAUGUGAUACGGUCUUUUCAUCAGGCUGCCAAGUACAUCGACAUUGACCGCAAGGUGUUGGCAGCUGGACUUGAUUUCCUCGUGUCUCGGCAGGGUGCAAACGGGGAGUUUAAAGAAUUAGGCAGGGUUAUACACAAUAGUCAUGGAAGUCCGUUGGCACUUACAUCAUUUGUCCUGCUGACUUUCUUCGAAAACAAGGAAUAUCAAGCUAAGUAUCAGCAUGCGAUCGAUGGGGCUGUGGAAUUUGUGGCUGGGCAGGUGGAUCAAUCAAGUAAUCCGUAUGAUCUGGCCAUUGCCGCCCUGGCCCUGACAUUAGCAAAAAACCCUAAAGGCAAUAGGGCCUUGGCCAAGUUGGAAAAAAUGGCCAAUCGGGCUGGCGACCACAAGUGGUGGACCGGUUCAGAUAGGAGCCACGAUGUGGAGAUCACCUCAUAUGUGCUACUCGCCCUUCUGGAGCAAGAUGUGAUGGAUCCCCCCAAACCGAUUGUCGAUUGGCUGAUAAGCAAGCGCAACAGCAACGGAGGUUUCGUCUCUUCCCAGGACACUGUUGUCGGUAUUAUGGCCUUAACCAAGUUUGAACUCCAAUCACAUAUUUCGACCGAAGACAUUGACCUUAUACUUAUGCCUUCAAACGAAACCAGAACACAUAUAAAGGUAACUAAAGAAAAUGCUUUGAAAGUCCAGACCCACCCGCUUCCUGAAAACACUACCAAGGUGUCGUUCGAGGCCACAGGGCGCGGGCGUGCACUAGUUCAGCUGACUUACCGAUACAAUGUGGCCACCAAGGAGGCGAGUCCGAGCUUUAAAUUAACGACUAUGGCUAAGAAAUCCGGUAAGCACCGACUGGUCCUCGACAUUUGCGGCGUGUACACUCCCAUCGCAGCCUCCGCAAGGAAUAAGCCCACCAAUAUGGCUUUGAUGCAGGUGCAGCUACCAUCUGGUUAUGUUUGCGAUACCGAUUCCUUCGCCGAUAUCAAAGCCAUUUCAGACGUAAAAAAUGUGGAGACCAAAAAGGAAGGCACCGAGGUUCAUAUCUAUUUCGAAAAGCUGUCGCCUGGUGACCGCAAGUGCCUGGUCCUGAAGGCCAUAUACACCCAUGCGGUGGCCAAUCUGAAACCAACUUGGGUUCGACUCUACGAUUACUAUGCCACCGAACGCAUGGCCACCGAAUUCUAUCACGUGGACUCUUCUCUGUGUGACAUUUGCCACGGCGACGAGUGCGGAAGUGAGUGCUAGAGUGCUUGAAUACCAUAAAUGCACUAAUUCAAAAAAAAAU